GCCAGAGCCCAGUGCAUCACCCUCACAGGACCCGGGUGAAGGGACGGUGCAGACACUGCUCUCUGCUCCUGCUCUGCUGGGGACAGGCUGGCCCUUGGUGGAUGCGCCACGAUGACGGUGAAGAAGACUCAGGCUCUGCAGGAUGGAAGUGCCAAGGAAAACGUGCUGCAGAGGGUCCUGCAGCUGCCCGUGGUGAGCUCGACCUGCGAGACCCUGCAGAGGAAGUACAGCAGCACCAAGGAGUCCCACCCGCUGAUGGCCUCGGUGUGUGAGGUGUACGAGCGUGGCGUGCAGGGUGCCGGUGCCCUGGCCAUGUGGGGCAUGGAGCCCGUGGUGCGCCGGCUGGAGCCGCAGUUCACUGUAGCCAACAACCUGGCUUGCCGGGGCUUGGACCACCUAGAGGAGAAGAUCCCUGCCCUCCAGUACCCUGUUGACAAGCUUGCAUCUGAACUGAAGGACACCAUCUCCUGCCCCCUCCAAAGCGCCAAAAGCACCAUUGGCAGCUCCGUGGAUAAGAUCAUAGAGCUGGCAGCAGAGGGCUAUGAGGCCACCAAGAACACUGUGGAAACAACAGCCAAGUACACGAGGAAGAACUCGGUGACCCAGAUGGCAGCUGCAGGGGUCGACACGGCCCUGGGAGGGCUGGAGAAGCUGAUGGAAUACCUGCUGCCAGAGGAGGAUGAAGAAGCAGAGAAGAAGCCCAAAAAGAAACAUCUGUCAACAUCAAAGGUAUCCCAGCAGCAGCCCAGCACUCCUAGCACUCCCAACACUCUCAGUGCUCCGAGGGCUCCCAGUGCACCCAGCACAACCAGCACUCCCAGCGCUCCCAGUGCUCCCAGCACCCUGGGCCGGAUCAGCGCUUUGGUCAGCACCAUGUCCCACCGUGCUUACCAGCAAACCACCCAAAGCCUCCAGCGUGCCAAAACCAAAGGGCAGGAGCUGGCCUCCUGGAUCCCCAUCCUGGGUAGCCUGGCCAAGCCGAGUGUCCCUCCAGCCCCACAGACCCGCAGCGAUGGGCAGGGCAGCACGGGCUGGCUGAGCCAGCACCAGAGCAAGGCACCAGAGCAGAAGCAGGAGAAGGCAGGGAAGAAAGACACCAAGCACACCAAGGCAGGGCAGGACCCCGGGCUGGUGGGCAGCAUGGCUCACAACCUGCAAACAGCCUGCGCCUCUGGCAUCUCCAGCGUGAAGAAGGUCCCAGCCGUGGCCUGGGAUGCGGCAGAGGGCUUGAUCCUCUUCACCCCCCGCAGGCUGUCCAGGGCCAUGGAGACAGUGGAUGCUCUUGGGGGCACCCUCGUCAGUGCCCCGAAGCAUCUGCUGGGCACCUUGUACAGCUACGUGCCGCUCCGCAGACAGUCAGUGAAGGAAGAAGAAGCAUCCAGGGGCAGCAAGACCGACACAGAGAAGAAAGAGAAGAAGGAGGAGGAGGAGACCAAGCCUGCUGCCCCCUCCACUGAGGAGAAAUCCCAGCUAAGGAGUGACUGGCGGCAGUACCGCGGCCAUCACCCCCUGUCCUUCCUGGGGCUCGAGGACCCCCUCUUCCUGCGGCACAACUACUACCGCAGCCCUGCCUUCGAUCCCGACUACCCCUUCCCGCGGAAAUCCGCCUUCUCCCCCUACAACAGGCGGGUGAGCGAGGGCUCCUACCGCUUCAGCCCCGAGUCCAUGUACAGCCGGGCCUACUACGGCAACUUCUACAGUCCUGUCUUCAAGAAGGACUGAGCCGGGGAGGGGGACAAGCACAUCCCAGCCCCUCUCAAAUCCCCUCAGCACGCUUUGCCUGGGCCCCUGCCAGCUGCCCACACACACCCCUGUUCCAGGACAGGAGCUUGAAGUGGUAGACAGGCCAUGGGAUAGCUUAUUGUGGAGUGCAUCAAGGCCAGGAUGGGGGAAUAAAGGCAACCAAAAGCUCUGCUGCUGGAAGGAGAAGGUGGGGGAAGGUGGGACUAGAAAGGUGAAGGAGAUGUGGAAAGAGCCAUGAGACCAGAAGAAAGGGACCAGCCAGGGCUGGCACGAGGCUACCUUGGAGCCUGCUCAGCAGACAGAGUGAACUUAGAUGGGCUACACAUUGAGAACAGCAGUGAGAGAGAGCAGGGAGGAUGGCAAAGCUGUCAAACAUCACCAUAGCAAGCCUGUUUCUCCAUCCUUCCUCCCUCCAUCCCUCCUUGCAGGGCCCAUCCCUGGCCACAGAUUUCUCCUCCAUGGAGGGGCUGAAGAUCCCCACCAACCAGCAGGAUUCAUGAGUGGGAAAGCCCUGGGACCUCCCUCCCAGCUGGUGGGGUCAGGAAAAAGGCUGGUGAGAACAGGUGGAGCUCUUGGAGCCCCUCUCCCACAGGAUCACCUGGCUUCCCACACCACCUUGUUGUAUCUGCUGCAAUAAUAAACCUGCAAUAAUAAACCACACGCCGCUCA